ACUUGGACCGUUGUCUUCGCGAUGGACCUAUUCGUGAUCAAGUGCCUUUUCCUUAUAUCCACCAUAUAGUAAAUUGCUCUCUAUGGUAAAAAGUAUUUUCGAAGCCGAGGAUCGGGAAGAAGUGUGGAAAACGUUUGGGCGCCUUACUCUCUCUUUCGCUCAGCCAUGCAUACGUCCGCAGUGCAACUGAGUGUAGACGUGGCAAGUCCCGAUGUCCUUAUCAAAAUGAAGUAUGCUUACGUGGCUUUAGUGACGCUAUGGGCUUAUGACUACGCCAUUACAUUGGAUCAAGAGCUGCCAUUUAUUACGAGGUCGACCUGGAGAACUGUCAAAUAUCUCUAUCUCGUGUGCCGAUAUGUGCCUUUCUUUUAUCUAGCUGUAGUCUCAAGCCGGGCACUGGCAAGUUAUCCAUCACUCAGCAUGUGUCAAACAUUAUACUCCGUGAAUUCAUAUCUCGGUCUCCCGGUAAUCGCUUCAGCAGAAAGUAUAUUUUUUGUACGCACAUAUGCCAUUUGGGACCGUUCCAAACGGGUAUUGUGGGCGUUUGUUGCCACUGCUGUUUUUCUCCUGACACCCAUAGUUGGAAUUCUUGUGAAAUAUGAUUCCUCGACAGUCGUCACCAAUUGGAUCGCCACCGGGGUGCCGGGCUGUUCCAAGACGGGCGAAACUUCUGCUGUGCUUUAUGUGUAUGUACUCAUGGUCAUUGCUGAGUUAGAAAUAUUGUGCUUGACAUUGUAUCGGGCCAUUGCUAACUACCGACGCGAACGGGGUGCCAACGUGCUUAGGAUCCUUGUACAGCAUAACGUAUUCUACUUCAUGUGCGGGGUUGGAUCUUCUGUUGUGCUCAUCAUUGCGAUUGCGGUGUUCCCCGCAUCAUACUCUGACUUAGUGUCCAGCAUACAAAUUACCAUCCAUGCCGCGCUGGUCACGCGAAUGCACCGAGCACUAUGGAGACACAAUGAAGACUAUGCCCAUCCAGAUGAAUUUUCCCUGACCACGUUCAGUGCUCCUCCACCAUUACGGACUUUGCAAAGUGCGGUUGGUUAUCAAUUUAGUAUAUGGAGGAGCCUUUUGGAAAAUAGAGAUCGGGACCACACCCCUAUGAGCAAGACGCGACCAUUCCGACGUCAAUACAUGAUGAUACCCUCUUUUGCGGAUGGACGUACAUUGCCGUCUUUUUUCUUGACAAGACUCCCUCGUUUAGACAUGGGAGCGAGCACGGCGGUAGUCAUCGAGCCUCGAGCAGCAUAAUGUUUGCUGUUUUAGUUAAAGCUCCAUGGACCGCAAACCAUCGGACGUGGACUCAGUUAACGUCAGAUGAUUUGAUCUACAUAGCCAUUUCAUUGUUCAUCGACAUCUUUCGGAUUUAUGGAGAGGGUGAGAUGUAAUGAAUGGAAAUCAAAGGUCAUAACCGCGGAAAUGGCUGCGCAUAUGGAAGUCUUAGGGGGAGGAUUUCCUGGCUUGAUGAAGUUCUUGUU